GCCGCUUCAAAGCGAAGCGGCGGCGGCACCGCGGCGGUUAAUGGCGCUCGCGUAGCUGUGGGCGCGCCCGCCCCCGCGCGCCCUCUCCCCACCCUCCGCCGCCGCCACCGGCCCUGGGGAAAAGCCCGCGAGCGGUGCCGGCCGCGCGCACUUCGUUCGGUGGCUGCCGGCGGGGGGAGACCAUGCGCAGGGCGGCGGCGCCCGGCCGCGGUUCCAGCGGGUAGCGCCGCGCACCUUCGCAACCUUCUCGGCACGGAGCGGAUUGUCUACCUCUGCAUCGAGCCAAAUUCUUAGACUGGUUGGUGCUGUCUCAUGGGAUCCCUGUGACUGACAAAGGAGAGCUUGUUGUGACUGCUCUGCAAUGACUACAGCAAGAUAUAGGCCUACCUGGGACUUGGUACUUGACCCAUUAGUGUCCUGCAAGCUCUGCCUUGGUGAAUAUCCUGUGGAGCAGAUGACAACAAUAGCACAAUGCCAAUGCAUCUUCUGUACUCUGUGCCUAAAACAGUAUGUGGAACUUUUGAUCAAAGAAGGUCUAGAAACAGCAAUCAGCUGCCCUGAUGCUGCCUGCCCAAAGAGAGGUCAUUUGCAAGAAAAUGAGAUUGAGUGCAUGGUUGCAUCAGAAAUCAUGCAGAGGUAUAAGAAACUACAGUUUGAAAGAGAAGUGCUUUUGGAUCCAUGUCGGACUUGGUGUCCAUCCUCUACUUGCCAAGCAGUUUGCCAGCUCCAGGAAUCAAGCCCACAGAGUCCCCAGCUGGUCCAGUGCAAAGCCUGUGACAUUGAGUUCUGCUCUGUUUGCAAAUCUAAUUGGCAUCCAGGUCAAGGCUGUCAGGAGAACAUGCCAAUCUCUUUUCUUCCAGGAGAAACAAGUUCCGUUUUUAAGAUGGAAGAAGACGAUGCUCCAAUCAAGCGCUGUCCAAAGUGUAAAGUUUACAUUGAACGAGACGAGGGUUGUGCCCAAAUGAUGUGUAAGAACUGCAAACAUGCCUUUUGCUGGUACUGUCUGGAAUCUCUCGAUGAUGACUUUCUCCUCAUACAUUAUGACAAAGGACCUUGUCGAAAUAAGCUGGGACACUCCAGGGCAUCUGUUAUUUGGCACAGAACACAGGUGGUUGGAAUCUUUGCAGGAUUUGGUCUUCUACUUUUGGUGGCCUCCCCUUUCCUUUUACUUGCUACACCAUUUGUUCUGUGCUGCAAGUGCAAAUGUAAUAAAGGAGAUGAUGACCCUCUACCUACCUAGACCAAGGGAAAAUUGGACUCAUCACAACAUGUGUUUUGAUUUUAUUAUUGCUGUUGAUGUUUCUCUCUUGCACUUACAUUGCUGUAGCCUUACUUGCCCUGUUCUGCUUUUCACUGACUCACAGUCUUGGUUCCAGGAACUGUUGCGUAGAUCAAGUGGUAAUAGACAAAGACAGUAAUGAAAGGCAAGUUUGGUGCUUAAGGGAGACCAUGGACCCAGGUAGCUAUCUGAAAGGAAGAGGUGAUAUUGCUAAAACAUAAUGCAAAAGGUUUCUCUGGCCCUGCUGGAGGACUGGGAACUGUGCUGAAUGACUUCAACAGCACAAGCUAACAAUGCAUAUAAAUCAAAACUCUCUGCAUAUUUGUUUGCUUCAAAAUUUGAUGUCUUAUUCCUGUGUGUAUGUAAGUUGUCUAUCAUUUUAAUUGGAUAGUCAACUUUUUUGUGACUUUACCAUGUUUGUUAUGUGUUUUUGUUAAUGCUAUCACAACAUCCUUUUUAAUGCAUAUUUUUGCAAGUAUAACAAAGUCAAUAAGGUGCAUAUAGGCCAUCCAAUGCCUUUCUAGAAGUAUGGGGAGGGACUAAGGGACAAAGUUAGUCCUGUUGCCUUCCUGGAAUAUUUUGAAGUCUUAUUAGAAAUUUGUUUGACUGAAAGCUACAUUUUAAAAACAAACUGAUGAAGCUGUAUGAUUGAGUGGUGACACAAACCUGCAAUCUAAUCAAGGUUCUUUUAAAAGUGAUGGUAUUGUUGCCGCUGGACCACUAGUGUUUUUCUGAAUUGUUAUUUUUUGCUGUUUGGAGUUCUGCUACACUUACAGGGCUAUGUAACUUCUAAUCCAGGUAUCUCAAUCUUUUUUAUAUAGAUAGAUAAUCUUAUUUAAACCAAAUGUGUAAAUAGCUGUGCUAUUGAAAUAUUUUGGGAGUUCAGAAUAGUUUGCUUCUGUCUUUAGGGCAGGUAUUAAAAAUACAGGACUAGUUUUACUAUUUAGCAGGCUCUUGGAUUAUCAGUGAAUCUUUCCUUCUACGUAUAAAAAUACAUCAAGAUCAUCAAGUUAAUAAUAAAAAAAUGCCUGGGAUAUUUGUGGAAGUUAACAUUUAAACUACUUAGCCCAUUAUCAGAGUUAAUAUCUAUGGGGUGUGCUAUUUAAUAACAAUACUGUGAUGAAACAAGCUUUCAUUUUACAAAUAAUCACUAACUCGAUGUAAUAAUUUUGCAGAAUUCAGUGCUGUGUGUUUCCAGGGUAAUAAAGUGUGCUAGUCAACCUACUGUUAAUCACUGUAGUUUCUCUUUAGUAAUAUUUUAUUUGGAAACCAUUUUGCUUUGAUUUGAAAGCCAGCAGAAAUUUGAUUAAUAACUUGUCUCCAUGAAAUAUGAAGCACCUGAAUUGAUGUGCGUGUCUGCGUGUAAUACCAGAGGAAAAUCUUCUGAAUGAUGUGUAGACUGAAGUUUGACUACAUUUUUUUCAUCAUUUAUUUCUGUGCUUUGUCAGUGUGCUGAGAUUGAUGAAUACAUUGAAGCCAGGAUAACUUUGCACUGAAAAUGUAUUAAGCCUCUUAAAUGCAGCAGCUUCUGGCUGUUCUCACAGGCUGGGAAUUUGAUUUCAUAGCUCAAGCAUAGGAAAAUAACUCCUGCUUUUCAUUACCUUUUAUUUUGUUAUAUUCACCCGCUAGACAUAAAGACUGCAGGGUACAGUUUUGAUACAGGGUGCUGUUUUUUGGUAAAACAUCUCUUGGAUUUCUUCCCCUCCCUCUCUUUCCCAGUUUAACGGUAUCCAAAUUCAAAAUGUGUCUAAACACAGGUGUUAGUUCUGGGAAAUGGAAGUCAUCUGCAAUUCACUUAUUCUACUUGAUUUUAAGGACUACAGCCAUGAUUAUAUGAAGGAAAAGGACAGCGGGUUUCCAACAGUCUGAACUCUUUUUGAUGUGUUCAGCUUGUUUAUGGCAAGGUACAGCUCAGAUCUUUAACUGUAAUAUCUGAUUUUUGUUAUCAUAGUCCUUUCAUAUGUCUUUGUUAUUAAACAUUAUUUAGCUGUUCCAAAAUAUCUGUAGGGAAGCCUGAAUAGUGUGUAUCCCAUCCCUGGUGGAAGAGCACUGUCUAAGCCCAUGUGCCCCAAGUCACAGCUUCCAGGUGCAGAAUCAAUGGCAACCCUUCUGCAAAGGACAGUUUCCUGCAGGUAAGCUCAUAAGGGCAGGGUGGUAAAGCUCAACUACGGUCUUUCAUCCUUGGCCCUGUAGUUUGCAGAAAAAUAAAUGGAUGAAAGGACAUAAAGAUUUCCUGGGUCAUUAAUUUCCUCUAAUUAGAAGCGCUAAGGGUUUUCCCUGUAUGUGGCAGUGACUGAUGAUAGGAAAUAGCAGAGGUGUGAUCAACUCCUAACAGCACCUGGAGUGUCCUUGUCUGAGAUUUGAUUUCUACUGUGCCUUACCUAGAGACAGCCUUUCUGUGGCACUAUAGUAAGGCUGAAGAUUCCCACAGUAUUGUGGCCAGUUAAUAAUCAAUGUCAAAAUUAAUGCAUUUCCAAAUUUUAAAAGGGAAAGAUAAAGAAUUCCUUCAAAAAUAUGGACAUUAAAAAAUGUAUAUAAUUGAUACUUGCAGAUAACAUUAUGUGUAAUCAGAAGACUUUGUACUUCUGCCAGCAUAUCUGAUCUCAACGUACUUGAAUUGCUACGGGAGAUUUUCAUUACAUAUCUCUUGAUUCAUAUCAUGUUAGGGUCGACUAUAUGCCUGCACAUAUUUCCCAAAUACCUAAUCCUUUCAGGUAUGCUAAGUAUCAUUCCAUGUAUGUUCUCGGGGAUUUGGUUUUGUUCUGUUUCUUGUUGUUGUUGUUUCUUUGAAUUUUUUUAAAUGUUGGGUCUUUUUCCAACAUAGCGUAUGUCUGUCUAUAUUCAUCCAUAUUCAAUGGUACAUUGAAUUUGGGAUAUUCUUAUGUUAUAGUUUCUGUUGAUAGUGUGAGUUUUGAUACCCUUACGUGGAAUUGUAAAUACAUUAUUAUAAACUCUGACAUUUAAGCCCCGUGACAUGGAGAGGUGAAUGUCUGCUGCUUUUCCGCUGAAAGUCUGUUACAACAGCUUUUUAGAUUUUCAUCAGAAAAAUGAGAUUUGCUGCAUGAUUUCUGUUGCAUUUUUAUAGCUAUGCUAUUAUUUAGUUUGUUAGCAUUAUCUUAUAUGCUGUUUUUAAUGUUGUUUGUAACAGCACAUUAUUUGCACGUUCUGUUGGGGUGAAAUAGUGUCUUGUCCUGUGAGCAUCGGACUGAGCGUGGAGUCCAGGCUCCAGAGACUUUGAAUCUCCCUAGACUUACCAUUGGGCUCAAGUCAGCCCCGAGAGAGAUCAGCAGCACAGUGGCAGUAGACUGGGUCUUCCCUACGUGACAUUGGACAAGUCACUUAUCUCCUUUUCUCUCAAUUUAACCAUCUUUUACACGGAUGGACCAAUGUUCACCUACCUCACAGGAGAGUUGUGAGGACAAAUUCUUUGGCUUUAAGGUCUUUCAAGAUUCUCUGAUGAAAGGUUAUAUAUAAAUGCUUGCAAUAGAUUUACAUUAAUACUUCAAUUUAAUUCAUAUUGUCUGUCAACCUAAAACCUCCUACUAUUGACUUCAGCAUGUCAAGAAUUUGGGAUACUUUCUCCCAUGUACCAAGCAGCAUGAUCUUCCCUCAAAUAUCCAGGCAAAAUCCCAAAUAAGAGCUGAAUGGUGGAACUCUGAGCUUACAGUUAAUACCCUGACAUGCAGGAAACACAAUCAAAAUUAGAGAAAAGCUCUCUUGCUUAUAGAGCUGCCAAUGAAAGAUUCAUAGAUCAGAAAAAGAUGAAGUGCUUUUCAUUUAAAAUUGGAAUGGGCGGGAAAAUAAAAAUGAAGUUUCAUGCAUUUCAUCUGUAGUUCUUCUACUGCAUAGGAAUUAAUAUACUUAAUAUAGACAGUUUUCAUCCCAAUACGGUGCAGCAUGCAUAAAGCUUUGUGCAGGUUAGCUCUUUAAAACCAAAGCUUAUACGUUUCACACAUAUUAUCUACAAUCCAGAGGAAAACAGGUAGAAUGGUGGUUGUUGAUGACAGUGAUAUUAAGGACAUCAAAAAAACCUGCAUCAGUGCUUAAUUGCUAGUGCACUUAUACUAAGUAAGGCAUGCUGUUUGUGUUUAGAGCCCUACGGUCUUUGUUGCUUUGAUUUGUGUAUCUCUCAUCAGAAUUCCAGAAACAUUAGGUACAGGUACGUGGUACAUAACAGAACCUUUCUUGAUCAUUUUACCAUGGAUGUAUUUUAAACUUGCAUAGGGAUAAGCAUGAAGAAGUCAUGCAUAUGUACAAAUAAUGUAUUUGACCAAGUGUAAAAACAGUUCUGUUGAUGUAUUUGAAAUGUAAGUACAUUUUGUGCCACUAACACUGUGAUGUAUAAAAGAGCUGUUGAAUGCCUUUUAAUGUUGUGUUUUGUACUUUGAAUCAUAUUGAAGAGUUUAAUUUGUAAUUUCAAUAGAUAUUUUA